AUGCACUCGGAUGAUGGGACCGCUUCUGGCACUGAGAAGAAGGCACGCUGGAAGAAGUGUCCAAUUUGCUACGACUCCAUCUAUGUCUCCGAGACAAGGCCAGUUCGUUGGUAUACUGGUGCUGAGUUUGAACCCCCGAGAGAGGGUGAUGACGUGGUACUGCGUUUGAUUCAGCGUCCUGCUGGUUCUACACUCGCCAUGCCCAGAGAAAGUCCCGACGCGCUUGGAAAAGGGGACGACAUCCCAUGGUAUUUCGCUGCCGAGGUCAUGGAUUAUGCUCGCGUCAUGAAAGGCGGUGAGGAUUACAUGCUUGCCCAAUUGGACGAAGAAAUCCAGAAUGUCCGCGCCAUGGAACAAGAGGACGAAGUCAUGUUCGGAGACGACACUCAAUGGACCAGCAAAGCUGUACGUGCUCUAAACGAAGCGAAAGAGAGAAUCAAGGGUAUCGGAAACCCACCAGCAGCACCCAAGAAACCCGAAGAGUCCGAACACAAGAAGCCAGCCAUCCAGUUCAACCAGACUGAUGAUGGCGUGCCGGAAAUGUACGCCAUUCAACAGGCCACCAAAUCAGGCCAGAGUUUGCCCAAUGGACAGACUGGACAAGCGGAUUCAUCGUCUAGUGAGAAAGAGGUCACUACUAAGCAGGAUGAUCCUACAACCAGCAUUCUCUCAACAUCAUUAGCCGAGUUCCGUGCUCGACAACAUGCUAAUUUUGAGCGCCAACCCGACACAUACUUCUUCUACCAGGGUCUUCUGCAUUACUACCUGUCUUCGCUGGACAUUCGUAUACUGAAGGCUGCGUUUGGAAGCUACGACAACUUCCCCUCUUCGAUACUUCCACGAGUUGAACGCGUCUCGACAGGUCACAUUGUCGACGAUGACUUGCGCAAGCGAGUCAAGUAUCUUGGACAUCUACCCUACGGUUGUGAGGUCACCUUCCUGGAAUGUGACUGGACCGACACAGUCCCGCCAGCAAUCCUUGAGCAGUUUCAGGGCGAGAUCGAAAGACGUCGCAAGCGAAACACGGACAAAGAAGCACGGGAAGAGAAGGAACGUGUUCGCGCAGAGAAGGCUGAAGAUCGAGAGUUCGCAGCCGCUCGACGAAGACGGGUCAGCAUACCGACGGAAAGCAAGUUCAGACCAGACGAUUUCAUUCCGUUGGGCGCGAACGGGUCGGACGCAGCAGGUUCUUUUGAUGGCCAAGGAUCCUCUUCAUCACCACCCUGGAGCAACAGCAAUCGCCCGCAAGGCUCUGCCUAUGCUUCUCUUGCAUCGCCCGGUACAAGCCCAGCUACGUCAAGGACAGUAUGGGGCACCACUGCAAUCGGGUUGAGUAGCCCUGAACUCGCCGCCCUCCAGCACGGAAACAUGGAUGAUGGCUGGUUGGACGGCUGGGAGAGAGAGUUGACGCAGGACGAUGAUUUGAUCGCCCAAGUACAGGCAGCAAGCCUGGGUGAAGGAUCUUCUUCCUCUAGCAAAGUUACAGGCGCAGCGAAAGGCAAGAAGAAGGGCAAGAAGAUUACGUUGAUGAGCACGAACGCUAGACGAGGUGCUUGA